CUUCCCAACAUCAAACUUUUCUUAUAUAUACAGGAGGAAGGAGUGUUAUAUACACACACACACACGCCUUAUAAGCAGUGGAGUGAGUGUGUGAAUGUGAGCACACAAAGAAUGGGCUGUUUCCAGUCCAAAACCGCCAAUGUUCAGUCGCCUGACAAAGAACCUCCCCAGCCUGACUCCAAACCAGAUCUGGGUAUCCUUCGUUUCCUCUUCUUUAUACUCCUUAUUUUUAAUAAUCAUUCAUACGUUUGUGUAUAUCUAUCGUUGUACUUCUAUUUUUUAGAUUUUCUUUUUGGACUUAAGGGUUGAUUGCAUGCUUAAUGCUUAAUAUUUUUAACUUUAUUGUGGGCAGCAUAUAUUAGUUUUCCUCAUUUAGUAAUAUUGUAUAAAAUGUGUAUAUGAUUAUACUGUGUCCGUGUGGUUUAUUAUUUAUUUUUUCUGUUUUUAAUGCUUAGAUAUAAAUGUAUAUAAAUUUUUAAGGGUAUGUCGUGUUUGUCUUUGGGGUUUAUUUGACGGAAAGGUAUUGAAUAGGGCUGCUUUUUGAAGACUUAGAUGAAAAAUGACAUUUUUUUGGUUAUCAUAUAGUUUCUCCAUUGCUUAAAAGAUCAUAAAAUAGUUUCUUUAUUUGUUCUCUUUAUUAUUUUAUGCGUAUUUAUGUAAAUGUGGGUCUGUGUUUUUAUAUUUUUUCUGAGGAAGGUAUAACCAACCUUUACACAAUGAGGUCUUACAUCUUUCUAUUAUCUUCAUAAUUUUUGCACCUUGAUCUUACAGUAUCAGAAAAGUUUGGCAUUAGCAUAUUCAAAUUUUUCCUAUGUUUAUCUUUCUUAACUACUUUUUGUCUUUUACUUGUUGGAUGAUUGAAUCUUGAAUGCUGAUUUCUUGAGUGAAAAUUUUCAUUUUUCCUCAUUUAUACAAUUUAAUAUGUUGGUAAUUUUUUGGGUUUGAGUUUGUUCUAUUCGUUUUGGGAAAGAAAGUUCUUUUGGCUUUUUGUUGUAUUUGCUUAAUAUGUGUUGAGCCGAAUGUCUACGAAUGACCUACGAAAUGAGAACUUCAAUGCUGAAUUUUGAUCGAAGAACUCUGAAUUUCAUAUGUUUAUUUCUUCCUUAUGCAUCAUAACAUUCAUGCACCUGGCAUAAGUUUUUGAUGCCCCCUUUUUACUUACAUUUUGUUCUUUCUCUUUUGAUGUUUUGGUCAACUGUUAAAUGCUGAUGAAGCAAAUGGGGACCAAGAAGGUCAAGAUCUGGUGCCUGCAUUCCAAGAAUUUGGCCUUGCAAAGCUGCGUGCUGCAACAAAUGAGUUCAGCAGAGAUUUCAUUGUUUCAGAGAGUGGAGAGAAAGCUCCAAAUGUUGUCUAUAGAGGGAAGCUUGGAAAUAACCAGCUUGUUGCCAUUAAGUGCUUCUCAAAGCAGUCAUGGCCCAACAAUUUGUAGCAGAAGCUGCUGGAGUUGGUAAGGUUAGACACAAGAGACUGGUGAAUUUAAUCGGAUGUUGUGCUGAGGGAGAUGAGCGUCUAUUAGUUGCUGAAUUUAUGCCUAACGAUACACUGUCAAAGCACCUCUUUCACUGGGAUAAACAACCUUUGCCAUGGGAAAUGCGUGUGAGAGUUGCAUAUUAUAUAGCACAGGCACUUGAUCACUGCAAUGCUGAAAACCGAAAUAUCUAUCAUGAUUUAAAUGCUUAUAGAGUUAUUUUUGAUGAGGAUGGUGAUCCUCGUUUAUCUAGUUUUGGCCUGAUGAAAAACAGCAGAGAUGGAAAGAGUUAUAGCACCAAUCUAGCUUAUACGCCCCCUGAGUUUUUGCGCACUGGCAGGGUCAUUCCAGAAAGUGUGAUUUACAGUUAUGGAACUGUUCUACUGGACCUUUUGAGUGGAAAGCAUAUUCCUCCUAGCCAUGCAUUGGAUUUGAUAAGAGGAAAGAAUGUUUUAUUGCUGUUGGACUCAUCCUUGGAAGGACAAUAUGCUAAUGAAGAUGCUACUGCGUUAGUGGAACUUGCAUCUAAGUGUCUCCAAUACGAGCCUAGAGAUCGGCCCGAUAUGAAGUUUCUUCUAACCUCCGUCGCCCCUCUUCAAAGGCAGGAGGUUGCUUCGCAAGUAUUGAUGGGUCUUACAAAAAACCCUGUGGUUAUACCUAUCAUACUUUCUCCUCUUGGAAAUGCUUGUUCGAGAAUGGACCUUACUGCUGUGCAUGAUAUCUUGCUUAAAACAGGAUAUAAAGACGAAGAGGGUGCUGAAAAUGAGGUGACUUCAUUCCAAGAAUGGACCCAACAAGUUCAAGAUAUGUUGAAUACAAAGAAACUUGGGGAUAUUGGAUUCAGGGACAAGGACUUUAAGAGUGCAAUUGAUAAUUACUCAAAGUUGGUAUCGACAAUGUCUGUUCCUUCUGGUACGGUAUUUGUGAGACGAGCCCUCUUGUACUUGAUGAUUGACCAACCGGAACUUGCACUGAGAGAUGCAAUGCAGGCUCAAGUUUGCUUGCCGGAAUGGCCAACUGCUUUUUAUAUGCAGGCUCUUGCCCUCUGCAAGCUUGGAAUGGAAACUGAUGCUCAAGACAUGCUCAGUGAUGGAGCUGCCUUCGAAACUAAGAAGCAAAAUAGUCAACGAAAUUAAACGACAACAUGAUAGCGGAUAUCAGGAUUGUCUUGUAGGCUGGGCUAAUUCAGUGGUGUGAAGGUUACAUGGGAAAUCUUACUGCGGUUUUAGGCGCUAUAGCUGAAAUGUGUAAAUCACCUGUGCCAAAUUUUUAGUAGAUAGUCACUGGUUAAUGCAGUUUGAAUGUUAGUCUUGCCAACUGCCCCGCCACCCCUGUCGGAAAUCCACGACCUUUCAUUUUCCUCCCCGAUUACAUUGUCUAGGAGCUGUAGAGCGUAGUGCAGGCGUCAACCAAAACCACCACCACUAUAGGAAUAUAGAAUUGGAACCAUUAAACCCCUUGCAUAUCUUGAGAAAUGACUUCGGUCAAUUGAACAACCUCUGGCUGCCUUUUGUUGUCCAAUAUGAUGGGGUACACUUGAGAAUUAUGUCGAGCAGUUGGUGUGCGACUUUGCUUCCUGUAAUGCUGCCCGAAUUUUUUGGAAAAUUUCAAAACGUAGUCGGCAAUUUGUUGUUCAGCUAUCUCACCUUUGAAACUUCAUGCAAUACGUGAGAUGGAUCCGUCCCUCCGAAAGAAUUGAUCAUCUAGUCGAACAUGAGUCAUGAGUGGCCGCAUCAAUCCAUUGGCAAUGCUAGAAAUUUUUCCGACGAUUAUAAGAUAAAACAUCAACCCUAUUUGAACAAGCAAAAUGUUUACAAAAUGAAAUUCUAAGAUCGUUUCUUC